UUAUGUUGGACAGUUGAUUGUUUCCCACACGACACACUACAGUGAAAGCGCGGCUACUAAGCCCAAGCAACGGAGCGUUCAUGACUACGUACCUCGGCAAGAAAUUCAAUGUGGCGGAAAGUGUCUCUACUUAAAAAAAAAAACUGGAAUAUUUCACUAUGAUGUAUACCAUAAACAGCUGAGAAACAUUUAAAUAUUUUUACGAGCUUUCAAACAUUAUGCCUGUGGACACAGAGUCGGACAACGUUCGGGUGGUUGUGCGAUGUCGUCCCAUGAACGAGAAAGAGGUUUCCUCUCACUGUGGUGUGGCAGUGAACGUCGAAGAAGGUCGAGGAAUGAUAACCGUGAAGAACUCUGGUGCUCGGUCAGGGGAACCACCAAAACAGUUCACUUAUGACAGAGUGUUUGGCCCAGAUACGAAGCAAGUUGAUGUUUACAACGAUGCAGCCAGGCCGAUUGUCAACUGUGUCCUGGAGGGUUACAAUGGUACAAUCUUUGCAUAUGGACAAACAGGGACAGGGAAAACUUUUACAAUGGAAGGGGUCAGGACAGUUCCUGAACUACGUGGAAUAAUCCCAAACUCAUUUGCACAUAUAUUUGGACAUAUUGCCAAAGUAGCUGGUGACAUAAGGUUUCUUGUACGAGUGUCAUAUUUGGAAAUCUACAAUGAAAACGUGCGGGACUUGUUGGGCAAGGAUCAGAGUGCAAAAUUAGAGGUCAAAGAGAGACCCGAUGUUGGAGUUUAUGUAAAGGACUUAUCUACAUAUGUCAUGAACAAUGCUGAUGAUUUAGACAAGACAAUGACAACAGGGAACAAAAAUCGUUCUGUUGGGGCUACAAACAUGAAUUGCUAACAUUGGCCCUGCAGAUUACAACUUUGAUGAAACAAUAAGUACCCUCAGAUAUGCAAACCGUGCCAAAAAUAUCAAGAACAAAGCUAAGAUUAAUGAAGAUCCCAAGGAUGCACUGCUGAGAGAAUUUCAGAAGGAGAUUGAGAGACUUAAGGCACAGCUUGUGGAAGAGGGAGGCGGUGGUGAGGAGGAGAGUGAGUCUGAGGAAGAAGUUGAAGAAGGUGGAGAAAUAGUCAAAAGGAAAAAGAAACACAGAAAAAAAAGCAAGCAUGCUCUUCCGCCUGAGAAAGUAAAAGAACUUAGAGCUAAGAUAGAAGCAGAAAGAGAAAAUCUGCAACAGAAAACAGACAUGGCAGAGGAAGAGAGAAAUAGGGCUGCAGAAGAACUGGAAAAGAGAGAGAAGGAUAUCAAGGAUUCUGAAAUGGAACACAUACGACUUCAAGAGAAACUUAAGGCUGUGGAAAGCAAGAUCAUUGUUGGGGGAGUGAAUCUGCUGGAAAAGGCCAAAGAACAAGAGCUUCUCUUGGAACAAUCUGCUAAAGAACUCUCUGCCAGAAAGCAAAGAGAGGAAGAAUUGCAGAAACUUAUUGAAGAAAAAGAGCAAGAGAGAAUUGACAUUGAGGAAAAGUAUGCAAAUCUUCAAGAAGAAGCUGCUGGGAAAACAAAGAAGCUUAAGAAAGUUUGGAGCAUGCUUAUGAGUGCAAAAUCAGAGAUGGCAGACCAACAACAAGAACACCAGCGUGAAACAGAAGGUUUGUUAGACAGUAUUAGGGAGCUGCGGAAAGAACUUCAGUUUGAAACCAAGCUGAUUGAGAGCUUCAUUCCUCUUGAAUUUCAGGAUCUAAUUGAGCAGCAUGUAUCGUGGAAUGAAGAAUUAGGAGAAUGGCAGCUUAAAUUUGUGGCAUAUUCUGGGAACAACAUGAGAAAAGCCUCUCCAAGCCCAGAUCCUAAAGACAAGAACAAGGAGCUCAAUGAAACAGAUUUAUCCAGUGUGUACUUGACUUAUGAACACAUGAACUAUGCCUUGGGGUAUGAUGAACCUAUGGCAAGACCCAAAAGUAGCCGUCCAAAGUCAUCCCGGCCAAAGACAGCAGGCAGACCCAAAACUGGGAAAAAAAAAAAGACAGAAGGUGAGGAUGGAGUAAACAAAAAGAAAGAGGAUGAUGCACAGAAAUACCCACAGUCCAAAAGGCUUUUGAGUCCAAAGAAACACUUUGCUUAGUAUUUUACAUCUACACCUCAGUAGAAACUAUGUUACUAUUAAUCAAAAGUUAUGUUUUUUUGCAUUAUGAAAUCAGGAUUUCAAUGCUAAUGGUCACUUUGAUCAUACACUCCACGCCAUUUCCUUUCUUCGCUGCAAGUAACUUGAAUGAAUGGCUAAGACAUUCCUGUUGGUCUUGCAAAGACAGAUGAAGAUAAUUUGGUUUUAUCAAUUGAGUUGACAAUGUAAAUUGCCUCUUGUAAAGAGUUUCUACAGCUAACCUUGAGCAAAGGGCUAAUGCGAGACACAUCAACCCUGGAAACUCCUAACCAAGGUCAACUCAACUCAGUUAAUAAAAUCAAAUUAUCUUGUUGAACU